AUGAUUUGUUUCGGUGAAAAUGACACAGACAUGGUUUUGGAGACUGCUUUAUCUGACAGUGAGCUGCGAGACGAGCGUUUGGCUGGAGUAGAAAUCGCGCUUCUCUCCAUCAUCUUCAUCACUGCAGGGCUGCUGAACGCGGGGCUCUUACUGGUGCUGUGGAGGCAAAGACGGCAGCUCUCCAGGAUGCGCGUCUUCGUUUUCCACCUGUGCACCGCUGAUCUGGUGGUGACAUUCUUCCAAGUGUGUCCCCAACUUCUGUGGGAUAUCACAGACAGAUUCGUCGGUCCAGAUCUACUGUGCCGCUUGGUGAAGUACUUGCAGGUUGUCGGGAUGUUUGCCUCUACUUAUAUGAUCGUGGUAAUGACAAUAGACCGAUAUCAAGCUAUUUGUUACCCAGUGGUGACUUUCCAGAGGCGCAGGGCUCGCUGGAACGGUCCGGUGUGCGCCGCCUGGUGCGUCUCUCUCAUCGGCAGCCUUCCACAGAUUUUCAUCUUCUCUCGGGUCGAGGUCGCUCCCGGUGUCUACGACUGCUGGGCAAGGUUCAUUAAGCCGUGGGGACCGAGAGCAUAUGUGACCUGGACCACUCUGGUGAUAUUUGUUCUCCCCAUUCUCACGGUGACUGUCUGCCAAGUGCGCAUCUGCCGAACCUUGCGCCCUAACUUCAGUGUGAAGACACAGCACGUUGGAGAUGUCAUGAGGAAGACCGCAGCUCAAAGAGCCAGCAGCGUGACACGGCUGUCCAGGGCGAGGGCCAAGUCUGCGAGGAUGACUGUGGUCAUCGUGUUUGCAUACAUCAUCUGCUGGACGCCAUUCUUCACCGUGCAGCUCUGGUCUGUUUGGGACGUGGAGGCACCCACACACAGUAAGAUACGAGAGCCCACACAUCAUGCUUUGGGGGUUAAAAAUUACGGUGGCCGAGAACCGCCACUGCUGCAAAAAAAAAAAAAAAUGUAAAAGAAAAAAAAAGGGGGGGGGGGGGGGGUCUUUGCUCGUCUUUUCGUCGUGGUCUUCUGUGCCUAGAUCAUAAAACACCAGUGCCUCAUCAUAAUUGGUCCCAGCAGCUCACUUUUGUUGUGGCUUUUUUUAUUUGCAUCCUUUUAUUUUCGCACUUACAAAUUUUUUAAAUUUUUUAAAUUAAUUUAUAAUAAUAAUUAUUAUUUUGCAUCGCCACAUUUUUUUCAUCAUUAACUUCCAUUGUGGCUUUUUUUCUAAUCUUAUUUUUUUUUUAUCUACACUGUUUCUCUUUAUUUGCACCGGGCUUCGGUUUCUUUUCUUUUUUUAUCAGUAACUUCCGUUGUGGCUUCUUUUAUUUGCAUCCUUUUAUUUUUGCAGUAACUAACUUUUUUAUUUAUUUAUUUAUUGCCACAUUUUUUUUGUCAUUAACUUCUGUUGUGGCUUUUAAUUUUUUUUUUUUUUUUUUUUAAUCUGCACCACCUCUUGUUUUUUAUUUGCACCGGGCUUCGGUUUCUUUUUCUUUUCUUUUUUUUUUCAUUAGUAACUUCCAUUGGGGCUGGUUUUUUUUUUCUGUUUUUUUUUUUCUUUUUUUAAAAAAAUGUUCAUUUGCAGCAGUGGUGGUUCUCGGCCACCGUAUAAAUGAAUGCCCCUUUUUUUCAGAAGUUUGAAAAAAAAUGUAUCCCAUUAGUCAAAGACUUAAAAGUAUAGACAGACAUCAUUAAAUGUUUUAAGAUUUUUCAUCUCUCUGUUGUUGUUUUCCAGCUACAACUUUUACCAUCUUGAUGCUGCUGGCUAGUCUGAACAGCUGUGUGAACCCCUGCAUAUACCUGCUGUUCAAUGGAAAGGUGACCAUGAGACUGUGUGUGAGUGAGCCAGAUCUGAAGGACUACAUGCAUAAGGAGACCACUAUAUGGCCAAUUCCUCCUACAUAACUUUCAAAGGCCUCUCCGGCUGUAGAUCUCUCUAUUUCUCCUCCUCCUCAGACUGUCAGGUUUGGUGUAAAGGUACUUUGGAUCCUUGUAUAUGAAGUGUGGAGACCCAACAUCGCUGUGGCUUUGUAAGUCCCAGCAAAAAUGAUAUUUUUGUGAACCCACAUUGUAGAAAUGAACAGCCUGUGUCAUUUUUGUCAUGCAAAAAACCCAUUGAAAAAUCCACCUUAAGACUAGACUGGGAUAUUGCAGUGAUUAUAAAGCACAAUGCAGUUUAUAUAAAGAUGCUGAUGUGGCACAAAGUUGUUAAUAUUUACAAUACAUAAUCAAUUAUUUUUCUUGCAUUCGGCUCUGACUGAAAUGUCAAGACAACUAUUGGGUAGAUUUCCUUUUAUACAGGUGCAGUGUCAGUAUAUUAAUAAGGUAAUUUUAUCAGAGGACACUGACCAUCAUUUUACCAUUAUGACGCAAUUUGUAUUGUAUUGUGGUGGUUUGUGUAACAGCUGAAAUUGUGAAAUGAAAAUGAGUAAAUUGUGCCAUGUGUUGCAAAGUGUUGGACAUGAAUGUGUCUUACCGUGUUGUAAAUUGUAUGUAGUUCCUGUAUGUCCUCUGAAAAUACAUCCUCAGGCUACAUUUAAGGAGGUAUGAACAUCUGUACAUUGUGUGUUCAAACCUCUGCAUUGGUCAGUGUGAAGAGUCUGAAGAUAUGCAGCACACAUUCACCGUUAAAUGUUAUAGCCUUUCCUCUCAUCACGUGGAUGUGCUGUCAAAUAAAGUUUUGGGGCUUCUCAUU